UGCGCGUACUCGUAGACGUCAAAGCGGGAGUAAGGGCGGGCUCGGAGCGCAUAGCAGUGAGGCCAGCCAGGGUCCAGUCUUAAAUUUCUGGCUGCUUGUGGUCCUCCACUUAUUCAAUGAACGGCACAAUGGCUGCAUCGUCGAACAGAAUCAUGCUGGGCCCCCUCGUAGCCGCUAUCGACCAAGGCACGAGUUCCACGCGCUUUCUGGUUUUCAAUGCAAAAACAGCAGAGCUUCUCAGUCACCAUCAGGUUGAGAUUAAACAGAGCUUUCCUAAAGAGGGCUGGGUUGAGGAGGAUCCAAAAGAGAUUCUUCAGUCUGUGUAUGAGUGCAUGGACCGAACCUGUGAGAAACUGACCCAGCUCAACAUUGACAUCUCGAACAUUAAAGCUAUUGGUGUGACCAAUCAGAGGGAAACCACCCUUGUUUGGGACAAGGAAACAGGAGAACCACUUUAUAAUGCUAUAGUUUGGCUUGAUCUGCGGACCCAGUCAACAGUAGAAAGGCUCAUCAACAAAACUCCUGGCAGAAACAAAAACCAUCUCAAGCACAAGACUGGCCUACCCAUCAGCACGUACUUCAGCGCAGUGAAGUUACGCUGGCUGAUGGAUAAUGUUGAAAAAGUCCAUGAAGCUGUGCUCUCUCACAGGGCCAUGUUUGGAACAGUGGACUCCUGGCUUAUCUGGUGCCUGACGGGGGGGAAGAAGGGAGGUGUUCAUUGCACAGAUGUAACCAAUGCCAGCCGGACAAUGCUCUUCAAUAUUCACACAAUGGACUGGGAUCCAGAGCUCUGCAAAUAUUUUGAUAUACCAAUGGAAAUCCUGCCAAAAGUGAGAAGUUCUUCAGAGAUUUAUGGUUUAAUGAAAAUCAGCUCUAAUCUGAAAUCUGGCCCUUUAACUGGUGUCCCCAUAUCAGGGUGUCUUGGUGACCAGUCUGCUGCGCUGGUGGGACAGAUGUGUUUCAAGGAUGGACAAGCUAAAAAUACUUAUGGUACUGGUUGUUUCCUGCUUAAAAAUGUAGGAACAAAGCCUGUAAUGUCGGACCAUGGACUCCUGACCACGAUCGCAUAUAAGCUAGGGCGUGACAAGCCAGCCUGCUAUGCACUAGAGGGUUCAGUUGCCAUUGCAGGAGCAGUUGUGCGUUGGCUGAUGGAUAAUCUCGGAAUUAUCCAAACCUCUACAGAACUAGAGAAACUAGCUGCUGACGUUGGCACGUCAUAUGGCUGUUAUUUUGUCCCUGCAUUCUCUGGAUUAUAUGCGCCAUACUGGGAACCAAGUGCUAGAGGAAUCAUCUGUGGUCUAACACAGUUCACCAAUAGGAGUCAUUUGGCUUUCGCAGCACUUGAAGCUGUCUGCUUCCAGACACGAGAGAUUCUGGAUGCAAUGAACCAGGAUAGCGGUAUUCAUCUGUCCCAGCUCCAGGUUGAUGGAGGCAUGACGUCCAACCGGUUACUGAUGCAGCUGCAGGCAGACAUACUGUGUAUCCCAGUGGUAAAGCCAUCCAUGCCUGAGACCACAGCUCUUGGUGCUGCCAUGGCAGCAGGAGCAGCUGAGGGGGUCAGUGUCUGGAGCCUAAACCCAGAAGAUCUCACAGAGGUUACUUCAGAAAGAUUUGAACCUCAGAUCAACCCAGAGGAGAGUGAACUGCGAUAUGCUCGCUGGAAGAAAGCUGUUCAGAGGGCUAUGAACUGGGAAACCACAGAACCAGUCAACAAUGGAAAUGAGGAGACUAGUAUCUUCAGUAGUGUUCCCUUGGGCUUUUACAUUCUCGGUAGCAUGUUUAUGUUAAUUGGAGCAAAGUACAUUGCAGGUCAGUGUGAGAGCGAGUGAAUGAGAGAUGGCGAAAGAGCCCAAUGCAUGUUUUGUAUGUGUGUCCUUUAAGUUCACUGGCCUGAGAGAAAGUGGUGAACAUGAGUGUAUAACGACCACUCAUUCGUUUUCUUGUAGUAGUGUGAAUGAAUGGCAUAGAAUAGCAUUUCAUCUGAGUCUAUAAGGAGGAAAUUAUGGAACAGGUCCCGUUCAUGUGUUCACAAAAAUCCACAGUUCACAAUUUUUGAUCAAUUGGAGAGUGCUGUGUUAAUGAUGGCUUUAAACAUACGGCUUGGUUUGGUGAAAAUAAUGGGGAAAAAAGGUACCUGUUCUAAGAAUCUCCCUCUCUGCCCCAAACUUUGCUUUUCCUGUCACUUCUAUUCCGUGUCGAUUUUCCCUUCUUCACAGUCUCCUCUUCUGUUCUCUUCCAGUGUCACGCUAUCUCAAACAUUUGUGUGCAUGCUGAAAACGUCUCUGUUUGAGCAAACAUGCAGUUUUAGCUGUUUUAACUUUCCAUUUUUUUUUCUCUCUCACUAAAGCAGGGCAGAAGUAGACUUGAACCUUACUGCACUUCAGAAGAUGGAAAAUGAAGUCAUUAGGUCCAUGGCUUACCCCUUCAAAAUCAAGAUGUGCUGUAGUGGCCUUGGCAAAAGACAUUCCAACUGAAAGUGUUGUUAAUGGUUUCUGCAGAAAUGGUACCAUAAAAUGAUAAAUUAAGACCUUUCUGGUCAUGUAGCAGGAAGUUUUAUUGACCAUAUCUGGUAUGAUGAAGUCAUUAUUUUUCAUGUCUUCCUGUAGUUUCCCCACACUCUUCUCUAGAAGCAGCAGCUUUAACACUGAAGCUGCUGUGGCUUGGUGUUUCUGGUAUUUUUCAUGUACAGUACAUUCUAAUGGAAUUGUCAAUGAUAGUAAGCAACUCUUGGCUGUGCAAAACAGUCAUCAUUGAGUUUGAUAUUUUUAUAUAUAUAUUUAAAGGCACUAACCAUCACAGACAUCAGCAGAUGUGUGUCUAUGUACAGUGGUUUUAGUUUGAAGUUUGAAAGAGUGAGACAUACUAUUAGUUCAAUUGAGUUACUUCUCAAAUCUAUUCAGGAGAGCAUUAGUGCACUUUAUAAUGUAUUAUGCUGUUAUGUGUAACAGCAAGGGAACUGUACAAUCUAAUGUACAUAAUGUUGAGAUGUUUUUUUUUCUCCUCUUUUACAAUUUCAUAUGCCUGUUGAAAAUUUUAUUGACAAAAAUACUGUGCGUGGAAAUCAAGUCAACCUGUCCAAAACACUGUGGCCCUGAUGAUAGAAGUUGCACUUCUGUAUAACUUCUGCCUUCUAUAUGAGAGACCAUUAAACAGGAGGCUUUUUGAGCAUUAUGGAGUCAACAUCUGAACAAUUACUGACGGGGACUGCGUAACUAUAUUUGAACAAACAUAUUUUAAGAAUUGUAGAGCACUGUUUUGUCUUAUAUUUGGUCAAGUCACUGUAAUUUAAUCUCUGAAAAUUGUGCAUGUAAAUUACAUUACUGUGCAGCUCAAGAAAGUGAUGUUAUAAUAUAAAAUUAAUUUGACCUAAGGAUUUACUUUCAGUUCCAGCAAUUAGUUUCCGUUUAAAUAUCUAACUUGAACUUGAAAGGAAAUAGUUUGCACCUGAUUUUUCUAUCAUAUUUGAUGUCUGUGUAAUGAAAUAUAACAAGUUCCAUGACAAUUAAGAAUUUAUAAACGGAUGAGUUUAUUAUUAUUAUUUGCUAAAUUUAAUUAAUAUAGUUGCCAAGUUUUCUUUUAAUGCAAAAGUUUGUUUUUUAAAAAGCCAAUUAGUAUUGUGACGAGCACUUGUAUAAUGUACUCUGAAUGGUACUUCCUUGAUUUGUCUUUGAUUUGUGUCAAUGAAUACUUGAAAUGCAAAAUAACUUGAUUAACAUAAAGUAGCCAGUAUUAAACUUCAGUAAUUAGUUUUCUUUAUUGCAUGUGGCGCUGGUUGCUGAAUGUGUCAUGCUUAAACAAGUUUUAUCUGGGUUGUAAAUGUUAGCGAGUGAUGCUGUGAUGUUCAUUACCUCAUCAUUUGCAUGUAAUUUCUUUCCCCAGGAUUUCAAGUAAAUUUUCAUCACUGAA